AUAGCCUGGCGGUACGAGUCGCACAAGGAAGUGACAUUACCUUAGCGGUUAACAGUAGCGAGCGACGUCCUUGCCAACUAUCCUGCUUGAAAAAAGGUAUGCCGCAGAAAGAUCCGUGUCAAAAGCAAGCAUGUGCAAUUCAACAUUGUUUACAAGCUAACAAAUACGCGGAGAGCAUGUGUCAGGAUGUGAUAAGGGAGAUGCGGCGGUGCUGUGAGGCUCAGACUAGAAACUCCGUCUGCUGCUCCGGGUUCAAGGACGCCAAACCCACGCAGAACAAAAGGAAUGCAUAGUUCCUGUGGGAUGCUUUUGAUGGGAAUUAUGGUGGAAAGGAACAUUGUAUCAAUGUUUUAUUGCCUAACAGUGCAAUAGACUGAGUUAAUUUAGCUGUGUUAUCUAAAAUUGAAUACGAUCUUUUUUAUAGCAAACAAUUUGACAUAUUGCAGAAAGACACAUGUGUAGGCUGGUACACAUACAUGGAGUGGAGUGUAUAACCCUUAUUCAUGUUAUUAAGUCAGGUCAAAAUGCCACACCUCUCUAACACAACAAAAAGUUGAACAUUAUAAUGUAAGCUGGCACAUAUUGUAUUUAUUAAAGGGAAUUGUUUUCUCUGGCUUUUCACGUCAUUGUAUGCACACCCUGAUCAAAAUAUGAGGCACAAUCAUAUUGCAGAUGUGACUUGUUAAUAAAGAUCAUGCACACCCAUGGCAAAUCCACA